AUGGGGAAACUGAGGCAGAGCUGGUCUGGGGGGAGUGUCUGCCUGCUGGGCUGCACUGCCUCCCUGUCCCGCUCCAAACAUUCCCACUCCAAUUUUCCCUUGGGUUUUUUUUUUUUCCCCUUGCAGUUCUUCAGAGCUUUUAGCAAGAAGGCAGAGGAUGGGAUAAAGAUAACCAUUCCCAGCAGCUCCGUCGAGGACCUGCGCCACGCCAUCAUCACCAGCCUCGAGCAGAGCCGGGACGCCUGGCCGCCCGCCUGUCCUCCGCUGGAGCCAGCGAGCGCGGAGGAGGUUCGCACCUUCUUCCAGAGGAACAAGGACCGGUACCUGGUGCUGAUCUUCGAGAAGAGCGACUCCUUCGUGGGCAGAGAGGUGGCUCUGGACAUGCUGCAGUACGAGAACGUGGCGGUGAGGAGGGUGCUGAGCAGCGAGAAGGAGCUCGUGGAGAAGUUCGGCGUCACCACCUUCCCCUCUGGCUACCUGCUCCUCUCCAAUGGCUCCUUCUCCCGCCUGCCCGUGCACAUGGAGGCACGCUCCUUCUACACCUACUACCUGCGCACGCUCUCGGGUGCUGAUGGCCCCUCGUCUCGUGCUGCCCUCCCCAGCUCCAAGGUGUACAUGGCCGACCUGGAGUCCACCCUGCACUACUCCCUGCGGGUGGAAGCCGCCCGUGCCGCCGCGCUGUCCGGAGCCCAACUGGCCGCUUUCAAGUGCUACGUGGCCACGCUGGUGAAGGCCUCCCACCCCGCCGUGCUCCCCACCAACGUGACCUGGGUGGGCUGCCAGGGCAGCGAACCCCACUUCCGCGGCUAUCCCUGCGGGCUCUGGACCGUCUUCCACCUCCUGACCGUCCAGGCUGCCCGGAGCGGCCCCGACAAAGAGCUGCCGCUGGAGGUGCUGAGCACCAUGCGCUGCUACGUCCGGCACUUCUUCGGCUGCCAGGAAUGUGCCCAGCACUUCGAGGCCAUGGCGGCAGAAUCCAUGGACAGGGUGGCGGGACGGGAAGAGGCCGUCCUCUGGCUCUGGUCCCACCACAACGAGGUCAACGCUCGUCUGGCGG